AUGAUCAUAGACGCAAUGGACCUCUUAUACUCGAAACGCCUCGAUGGCUUCUGCCUUGUCUCUAGCGACAGUGACUUUACUCGAUUAGCCACUCGAAUCCGUGAAUCUGGGCUUACUGUUUACGGAUUCGGGGAGCAGAAGACCCCUAAAGCCUUUAUUGUUGCCUGUGAUAAGUUUUUCUAUACCGAAGGCCUUAUUCACCCUUCAGAGCCGGUAUCGCAUUCAACCAAGGCUGAAAGUUAUACUACAAUUCAACGGGCCCAGCAGAAUGAUCACUUAGCUAGUCGGUUACAAGAUACGGAAGAGACGGCUUUAGAUAACAGUGGAUGGGCUAGGCUAUCUGAUGUUGGUCAGCAUCUCACAACACACCACCCAGAAUUCAAGUCCUCCGCACACGGAUAUUCUAAGCUGAGCGACUUAAUCUCUCAUUCGUCUGAUUUUGAUAUCGAGCACCAUCCUUUUGAAGAAGGCAAACCCCCAGAACUCUUCGUACGAAAUCGGAAGGCUUCUACUGGGUCUACACAAGUCUAA